CGGAAUGUUGGGUGCGCGUUGUGUACAAUAACGAAUAAUUAUUCAAAUUGUUUAGAAACAUAUGUUAGUGCAUUGCCAAAAUUAGCAAAAGUAAUUACCAAUGCGUAUGUGAUUUUACUGUGUGUGCGUUUGUGUGAUUGUGCUUCCUCUAGUGACGUCAGUCUUCCCAUACGCCUAAAAUCCUUUGACGAAUUUUGAACAUGGUGCGUUGGAGUGGGCAUUCUCGUCGUGUGCGCCAGGACAAGGAAGGAUUGCUGGCCAAUAACAAUAAAAAUGGGGAAGAAGAUGCUUCAGAUAAUGCUGCAUUUCGCAACUCUGCGGAUCUUUCGGAUACGGAUGAAAUUUUUCUAAAGGGCCUAUUGCUUAGCAAUCCUUCAACGCCACUCAAGGAACUUAUGUUAAAUCCGACAGAGCCGCAGCCCGUGCCCGCUUUUCUGCCCGUGCAUUUGAAUAACAAACCAAUCUGCGAUCAGAUCAUACGCAAAUUUUCACCCUCAAGGCGUUUGGAAUCGCGUGAGCUUGCCAAGCUUUUGGCUCAACCCCAUUUUCGAGCUUUGCUGCGCGCUCAUGAUGAAAUAGGAGCAUUAUAUGAGCAACGUUUCAAAGCAGCUGGUGGUUCAAUAACAAAACUAGAAGUCGCUAAUCAACGUCCGCCAGGCGGUUAUCUCUUUACGGAAGAUAUUCUAAACAGCAAGAUGCCCGUGGAAACUAUUAAGAUGGUCGGGCUACGUCGUGAUCCCAAGCAGCCCUUGGGUCUCACUGUCGAAAUGGAUGAGUACAAACAGCUGGUGGUUGCACGCAUACUCGCCGGCGGAGUCAUCGAUAAGCAGGGCAUGCUCCAUGUGGGCGAUGUCAUACUCGAAGUCAAUGGCGUUGCCGUACGCUCGCCCGAUGAUCUGCAGGUGGAAGUGUCGCGAGCCAAGGAGAACUUAACGCUUAAGAUUGGCCCAAAUGUGGACGAGGAAAUGAAAAGCGCUCGCUAUACGGUCAGUGGGGGUCAGGUAAAACAGAAUGGGAUCACAAAUCUUGAAUCUGGCAAGAAACUAACGUGUUACAUGCGCGCGCUAUUCUCAUAUAGCCCCUCGGAGGAUUCGCUAUUGCCUUGCCGGGAUCUAGGCUUACCAUUCAAAUCAGGCGAUAUAUUGCAAAUUAUCAACGUAAAGGAUCCCAACUGGUGGCAGGCAAAGAAUAUAACAGCGGAGUCGGACAAAAUUGGUUUAGUGCCAUCGCAGGAGCUGGAGGAACGGCGCAAGGCUUACGUAGCGCCCGAGGCGGAUUAUGUGCAUAAAAUUGGCAUUUGCGGCACAAGGAUAUCCAAGCGCAAGCGUAAGACCAUGUAUCGCUCAGUGGCCAAUUGCGAGUUCGACAAGGCAGAGCUCUUGCUGUAUGAGGAGGUGACACGCAUGCCGCCAUUCCGCAGGAAAACCUUGGUGCUCAUUGGCGUCUCUGGUGUGGGCAGACGCACGCUCAAGAAUCGUUUGAUCAACAGCGAUGUGGACAAGUUUGGGGCUGUUAUUCCACACACCAGUCGUCCUAAGCGUGCCUUGGAGGAGAAUGGCGUUAGCUACUGGUUUAUGGAUCGCGAGGAAAUGGAGGAGGCCAUUAAGCAAAACGAGUUUCUCGAGUACGGCGAACACAAUGGCAAUCUAUAUGGCACACAUUUACAGUCAAUUAAAGAUGUCAUUAAUAGCGGACGCAUGUGCAUUUUGGACUGUGCUCCGAAUGCCUUGAAAAUUUUGCACAAUAGCCAGGAAUUGAUGCCAUUUGUUAUAUUUGUAGCCGCUCCCGGCAUGGAUCAGCUCAAGACCAUCUAUGCCGAUCGUCGUGCUACAGGCUCCAAUAGAAAUCUAUCUUUUGAUCGUCAAAGCUCCAUACGCUUUAGCUCCCGACGCGCUCGUACGCUCGAAUCACUGGCAUCGCUAUAUGAGGCCAGUUUAAUUGCGCUCAUAGAUCUUUGCUUGAACCUACAUACAUCACCUAACACAUCUACGCUUUAUCAUUAUUUUCCGCAGGAUGACGAUCUCGUUUCAACAGUGGAGGAGAGCUCGUUUGUGCAGCGCAAAUAUGAGAAAUACUUUGACAUGGUAAUCGUCAAUGAGGACUUUGAUGAAACGUUCCGUCAAGUGGUAGAAACGCUGGACCAGAUGAGUCAUGAGGAACAAUGGGUGCCUGUCAACUGGAUAUAUUAGGAGCAUCUGCACAGUUUUUCCCAACUACAAUUAACUGCUAUAAUAUCUUUAUCACAAAUCAAGCAUUAUAUGCUACUAAAUAUCGUAUAAUAUGCAAUAUUGUAUAAUUUUCGAAUAUGCCCUCCGCCUUUUUUGAUUUAGUUUGCUUUCCUUAAGUGCUAAGGAUGUAAGCCUCAUGUAAUCUUAUGAAACGAAUACGUCCAUUAUGUUUAAUUUAUCUAAUUUUAAUGACAGCUUUUGUUGCAAAAUCGAACUUUCUCUGCACUUUGUAUUCAUGUCUAUAAUUUAAUAUACAUUUCGUAUUUUUAUAAUAAUAUCAAGCUCUGCCAAUAU